AUGUCAACAGACCCGCCUCCGAAAUUCGUCAAGGGAAUCCUUCUAGAGGAAUACAAGAAGGGGCUGACCGCCAAUCAAGCAUGUGAGAAAAUAAAUCGCUUUUUUGUGGAGACAAAUAAGAACACGGAGCCGGUGAAGUUGCAAUUGGUGCAGUAUUGGUUCAGGAGAAGAGUUUCAGGAAUGUCAACAGACCCGCCUCUGAAAUUAGUCGAGCGCAUCCUUUUAGAGGAGUAUAAGAAGGGUCUAUCCGGUGAAGUUGGAAUUUGUGCAGUAUUCGUUCAGGUGGCUCUUGACAAGCAAUGA